UCUUCCCGAGCCCUCAGCCAGAGUGUGCCAGGGGAAGAAAGGAGGGGCUCCGCGAGCCGAGCAGGCGGGAGCCCGGGAGAGGAAGGCUCCGCUUGGGGUCUGGCGACGAGAGAUGCUGGGGGACCCGCGAGUCCGCAGAGGGAAGAAGUUGCCUGGAGGGAGGAGGCCGCGGCACGCGCCCAGAGGUGGAUUGCGCCGAACCUGCAUUGCUAAGCGGCCGGCGCCGGGGAAGCCUUCCAAGGUCAUGUAACACAACAUUCCAAAGUGUUAUUACAAAGAUGAAGCUCUCCAAAACUUCAGCCAUCUUUGAAUAUACAUUUUAAAGGACUUUUUUCCAAACUUAAAAAUAUUAUUCUUUCUCUCAUCAUUGAAUCAGUUAACUUUUGAUGAAAUCCAAGGACAAUGAACUCAUUUUCAAUUUUGUGUCUUUUCCUUUUGUACAAUGAAAUCUUAUUCUCAUUUUGUUCAUUGGGGAAAACCUAAACUAGUCCUUUAUGGUGUUUUUUUUUUUUUUUAAUCUUACCAACUUGCCCUCCAUAUUGAUCUAAAUUCUCUAUGUCAAAGUUCCAUGUAGUAUGCCUCUAUUAGUUUCAAGAACUGUUAAAUAUUUUGUUUAGCCUGAUUUUUUUUUUUAAAUUAUUGCACAAGGAUUUUUUUAUUAUUUGUAGAAAAUGACUUUCGUCUAUUUGAACUUCCUGCCUGACUACUGUAAAUGGAUCCUUACUCCAAUAUUUUAAUGGUACUAAUAUGAGGCAUUGCAUUCAUUGUUGCAUAGCAUUAUUAUCAAAUGACUUGCACAAACAGUGUUUCAAGUGCCGGGGCCCAAGUCACAAUAUCCAAAAUUGCCUUCUAUGCGGAGGAGAAAAUCAAGUUCUGUUUGUGGACAGCAAACAGAUGAACUUACUUGCAGUUUUGGAAGUGAGGACUGAUCAUAGUGAUAGCUGGGCUGGACUGUUUUGUUUGAAGAAAGGGAAGCUAUGCAGCUUAAUCUUUGGAUUAUUAAUAAUGAUGUUAGUGACAGCAUCUUAUAUUCUGACUGGAACUAAAGAUGGUCUCUUGCUCAUGCAGCCAACACUCCAUUAUGGAGUUUUUACCAGCAAUUCAAAUUUAACGGACAAUGGCAACUUCUGUGAUAUGAAAGAACAGUUCCAAAAAUCUAAAAUGAAUAUUUCUUAUGCAAAGGAUUACCCCAGCAUUAAAGUAAUUAUUGACACUAUUGCUUCACACAUUGAGUUCAUAACAAGGCAUCCUCCUGACUUGGAAGAUCUGAAGAAACAAGAGAUGCAUAUGUUUUCAGUAAUUCCUAACAAGUUUCUCCCAAACAGCAAGAAUCCUUGCUGGUAUGAAGAAUACACAGGAAACAAUACUAGAAAUCCUUAUGCUACAAACUCCUAUGCCUUGUAUUCCAAACGUUUUCGUACAAUAUUUGACUAUCUUCGAAAGGUAUUUUGGAAUCAUUUGUAUCAUUAUGAUGGCAAAUACUACCGGCUACGCUGUCUUCCUCAUUUUUAUAUAAUUGGCCAACCAAAAUGUGGAACAACAGAUCUUUAUGAUAGGCUCAGAUUACAUCCUGAUGUGAAAUUUUCAGCAAUUAAAGAGCCUCACUGGUGGACCAGAAAACGUUUUGGGAUAAUUCGUUUGAGGGAUGGAUUUCAUGAUCGUUACCCUGUGAAUGAUUACCUGGAUCUGUUUGAUUUGGCUGCCCAUCAGAUUCAAAAUGUGCUACAGAGAGAUUCUGAGAAAAGCUAUGAAAAGAGGAGCAACAUCGUUAUUGGAGAGGCAAGUGCUUCAACAAUGUGGGACAACAAUGCUUGGAUUUUCUUUUAUGACAACAGUACAGAGGGAGAACCUCCAUUCUUAAUACCAGAUUUUAUUCAUGCCUUCCAGCCAAAUGCAAAGUUCAUUGUUAUGCUUAGGGAUCCUGUUGAAAGAUUAUAUUCUGAUUAUCUCUACUUUGCAAGUGCUAAUAAAUCUGUAGAAGACUUCCAUGAAAAAGUGGCUGAGUCAUUGCAGCUCUUUGAGAAUUGCUUGACGGAUUACUCUUUGAGAGCCUGUGUAUACAACAACACCCUUAAUAAUGCCAUGCCAGUAAGACUUCAGGUUGGUCUGUAUGUUGUUUUCCUCCUUGACUGGCUGACGAUUUUUAAUAAAGAUCAAAUAUUAGUUCUCCGAUUGGAGGAUCAUGCAUCCAAUGUUAAAUUAACCAUGCACACAGUGUUCCAGUUUCUUGAUUUAGGUGCGUUAAGUGAAAAACAAGAAGCUCUAAUUACUAAAAGUCCUGCAUCAAACACUAGAAGACCAGAAGACCGGAAUCUAGGUCCUAUGUUGCCUGUCACAAAAGAAAUUCUGCGUGAGUUCUAUCAGCCUUUCAACAAAAAACUUGCUGAAGUUCUUUCUGAUGAAGCUUUUUUAUGGAAAAAGUCCUGAUUUAACCAUUUCAGAGCCACUACUGGAGAGAAAAAGAUAUAUUUUUUAAAAUUUUGUUUUUCAGAUGUAAAUAAUUACCCAUUGUGAAGUCACUAAAUCUGCAUUUUGAUGUUUCUCUUACUUGUUAUUAUACAAUAUUCUUUUCCACACUGGAGUCCUUCAAGUGUGUUAGGGCUGUGACCCCAAGAACUUGAGUCAGCAUGGGAACUGAUUGAGGAAUGAUGGAAUAUGAACUGGAUUUCCAAAGAAGAACAUAAUGAAUUUUGAUUUUUUUUUUCUCAACAAAAGAACAGUGUACAUAUAGGUUUGGUUGAAGCAAUCUUAAAUCCUCUGGUUUUAAAAUAACUGUAUUACAAUACAGAAAUAAGCACUAUAUAUCUAAAAGGCACAUUCAUUCUCACUUUUAAAAUAUAUCUUGCAUUCUUUGGAAACUGUUUAAAAUAGCUUUUUAACCAUUAA